AGCCAUUUGAUUUUUAGUUGACCAGUAAGAAGACAACCCUCUUGCAGUGUAAUUUGGAUGUCACAAACGUGUGUGGUAAAGUCCCCCCUGAAACGACCAGCUUCUAACUUUUAGUCUUAGCUUGCGUUCCUUCGCACCACGUUUGUAGCUUCAUCAAUGCGCAGUCCUUCCAUAGAGCUGUCAGUUUGAACAAGCUGUAGCUCAGCACUAGGUAUGGAAGGAAACGAGGUGCCCUCUGCGUCCGUUCAGCUAUGGUGAAGCACUGUGCACGAGGCACAUGAUAAUGUUGCUUUAUGCAUGGAGUAUCUAGCAGCGACCGCCUGGGCAGCAACUUGCGGCAUUUGCUAGCCUUCUCAAUUACCGCAUAGGUCAUUCCCGAGGACGGUCAAUGUCCUCGGGGAAUGAAGCACUCCGCCGAGUCGACGAUGAGGCGUUUACGCUUCCGAUACCUAGCAGGGGCUUGCUCAUAAGGAGGACGGCAAGCCCUUCAGAGGCUUCGCAACGAAGCGUUCUUCGCUCCAGGUCGUCUCCGCCCAGCUCGCAUGGCGGUGCGCCGUCCGAAGCUGCGGAGUCGCACUUCAGCAUCUCGGGGAUCCUCACCCGCAACCGCAGCGAUGCCGGCAACCUCCGUAGGAGCACCGCGGGGGGGCACUGCGACAAGUCACCCUCGGCCCUCCCUCCCAGCCCCCGCGUCCUAACAUUCGACUGCAGCACGCCCCUCUGGCCGCGGCAGCCUGCCCAUGCACCUCCCAUCGCAGCAGGGCAGGGAGGGCCUCCCACGACAUUGGGGCAGACGGGGGCGUCCGCGCGGGGUCCUGGUAGCGCCAAGCGACGGGCCACGCGGUCUCCGGUGCGCGACUACCGUGCCCGCCUCGCCGCUUUCGCGGGUGCGGGUGCGGGUUCGGGGCUGGCGGCAACCGCAGAGCUGAAUGCGGAGGAGGAGGGUGACGAAGGGGAGCGCGUCGAAGAGGGAGGGGGCUCGGAGUCCAGGUCAUCAUCCUGCAAGUCGGCUCCGGAUCCUCAUGAGGUCCAAGACGAGGCUUUGGAUCGGGUUUGGGAGCCCCAGGCGCCGGAGCCCACGAAGCCAGAGCCGGCAAGCCGGCAGCAACAGCCACCAGAAGAAGCCGUCAGCGCUGUAACCCAUGAUCGGCAGCAGCAACAAGAGCUGCAGCAGGAAGACGAGGAGGCCGUAUCAACUGUUGUGGCCACGGCUAUCCAGAGCACCAGGAAUGCGUUUUGGGAUGAAGUGGAGGGCGCCGGUGGCAGCUGCGUUGUCCCUCCUGACACCUGCGAGGACACUGAGCAGGAGCAUGAGGUGGACGGGAUCCUGGAGAGCUGCCGCUCCAUCCGUGCAGAGGCGUACACGGAUGCUUGCGGCGUGAUCAUGGGCUCCCCUCGUUCCUUCGACACCACCACGAAUAACAACGGUGGCUGCUUGGGCGGUGGCGCCCUGGUUGCUUUUGGCGAUAGCCCUCGCCGCCUGCCUUGCGCAGCUGAUAAUGCGGAUGAGGAGGAGGAGGGGGAUGGGAACCGGGGUGCCAGUAACACCGACGCCCUAGGGCAAGUGGAACUCCUGCCGCCCCCGCCGGCACCCUGGCUUCCUGGCUGUGGCACGGCUGUGUCGGAUUCCUUUGACGCCAUUGCGCAACUCCAGGCGGUGGUUUCGGGGCUGAGCGAGCCCUACCAGCGCUACAUUCGCGAGCGCGCGCUGGAGCUCACUCGGAUCAUCGAUGAGAACCUGCAGCGGCAAAGGCAGGACCCCAAUGCUCCUGGGGAUGCUGUUGUUGCUAUUGGCGGGGAUGGUGGCGUUGACGGAGGCGGCGGUGCUGCCGCUGCCGCGACGCCUUCCAAGCAGGCCACCGCGGCGGCAGCUGCGUUGGUGCUGGCGGUGGCUACCAGCGGGACGCAAUGGCCCUACAGCACCCCUUUUAGCAGGGAGAUGGGGGUUGCGGGCGGCGGCACGUCUCAUGUGGGCGGCGGAGGCGGCAUGGAGUGCAGCUGUGACGUCGGCGCCAGCGACGGCAGCGGCGUGCGUUGGCUGUUCCACAGCCCUCGUGAAGGGGAUGGCGUAGCUGAAGGCGGGGGCUUGCAUGGGGACGACAAUAACAACGGAGCUGGGUUUGGGUGUGGUGCUCCAGGGGCGGAAUGCGAGCAGCAGCAGCCGGGACGCGGCUACGUCGACUCCUCUGUGCCUGCUGCUGUGGGCCAUGGAGCUGCCACAGGCUGUGCUGCGCGCGGCGGGCCGGAGCAGCAGCAGGAGGCGUCGAGGUCUCAGGCGGCAGCCUCCGUUGGGUCGUGCACCAUGUGCUUUGGCUCGGUGCUGGGCGGUAGCCAGGUCAACAAGCAAAGCCCCAGCAACGAAGUGACCAGCGGAGCCCUCUCCGCUCGAGGAGCGGCAGCUGCUGGCGCACCCCCACACCGCCCGCAGCCCCCUCCACCAGCCCAACUCACUCCCCUGUCCUGCGUUUCCUCCACCUCCCCCUCGCGCCAACGACAGCGCCAGCAGCACCGACGCGCCGGGAGCUGCGCCUGGGUAGAUGAGCCAGAAGGCAGCCCCACUGCCUCCUCGGCUUGCAGUAACGCACGUAGCAGCAUGCGCGCUGACCAGCUGCUGGUGCAGCAGCAGCAGCACCCCGUGGCUUCAGUACGGUCCGGCUCCUCGUCAUGUCACCCUGGAGGAGAGGUAACGCUACCGCUGCCCCGCGGGCUUGGUUCCGGCCUGCGCAGGUCCUACAGUGCAGACAGCGACCAUGCUGCAAACGUGGCCCGACGACGGCACCAACAAGACCAACAGCAGCUGUUGCCGCAGCGGUCAUCUCUAUCUAGGGCUGGACCCAGCCUGGACUUGAUAAGAAUGCCAAGUAGCGCGUUCGAGGUGUCGUACCUGGGUCGCCGCUCAACGCUGCUGGAUGAUGAGUCAACGCUGCUGAUGAUGUCGCCCAGGGAGGGGUCGAACCUGGAGGUUGAGCUGCCCAUGCCGUACGUCGGCGGCGGUGUCGGCGGCGCCGGCUGCAGUGCUAGCGGCAGGGAUGUCGUACGAGAUAUCGUACGGACCUCAUCCAUGCAGCGGCUGCAGCAGCAGCAACAGAUAUCGCUGGUGGAACCCUCACAACAGCGCCCGUCGGUGCAACAACACCUGGGGCUAGAGGGCGGCGAGGAGGAGUAUGAGGAGGAGGAGCUGCGGCAGCAGCGAAACCGCCAGCAGGGCUCAGCGGGAAAUCAAGCUUGUGGGCGUUCUGGGAGGCCGACUGUCCGGACAAGCAACAACAACACCGGCAAUGUACUGGUACUAAGGGCAGCGUCCCGUUCAGGACAGGGCGGCAAUGGUCAUAAGGGCGGCAAGGGCGCCCACAUCAGUGGAAGCUACUCCCAACACGCGUGGCAACAUGCGCAGCGGGGAAGCAUGGACCCCAGCCUGCGAGCCUCCAUAGCACAUCGCGCAUCUGCAGCCCAGCGGCGGUGUGACCUGCAGUACCCGCCAGGCCGGAACACUAACAGCAGCAGCAGCAACAGCAUUGCGACCAACAGCAACCAGGUGUCGGCAACGCGUGCGUCCAUGCGUAGGAGUGGCGCGCCCACCUACCAGCAGCUUCUGAUGCGCAGCGGUAUCGGUGGACCUGCUGGCAGAAGCUACCAUGCAUUGCAUGGUGGGACUGCCAUACAUCGCGCCUCACAGCGGACCUCGCCCGGAAGACAAGAACCGGCUGCUGCGGCGCAAGCGCCCGGCCGACCCGCGGGUCAUGUAUCAAACGUGGAAAGCGGGUAUAAGGAACUGAGCAGCACCAGCACGGUCCUGUUAGCCAGUGCGGCUGUCAGCAACAACAAGGCCGAUGUUGCUGACCCGGACGCAAACCUGGCCACGAGCGGCGCGGUUGCUCGGAUGUUGGCAGGCUCGCGAGCCGCGGACAGCUGCAUGCUGUCCGACGUGCUGUGGGGCAGCGUUGCGCCGUCACAAGCUUCUGCACGGCAGCAUCACGAACAGCAUCAGCAGGUUGAGGGAGGAAUCCUCGUGAACGCCUUUCAGGUCGUGGACAGCCGGGCCGGAGCAGCCGCAGCAGGCGGUGGCGGCAGCUCCAAGCAGACGAGCGGGGAACGUCCGCACGACUGGCAGCCGCUUCACACCGCGUUUAAACUCGACUCGCUGAUGACUAGCUACGCCGCCGACAGCGGCAUCGGCAGUACGGCACCCUCACAGCUUACCACUUAUCCGGAAUCCACAAGGGCUGUCUCAGGACCUCUGGCUGGCACAGCUUCAGAUCCGGCCUCUGUUCCCGGUGAUGUGGGUCGGCCCAAUAGAACCGGCGCCGGGGUGCCGACGGGUCCUGAAGCAGAACCCGCGGAGCCAGCGACCGGCUUUGUCAUCGUGAGUCGCCGGAACACUCAAAGCGGCGUUGUAGGGGCGGCAGGUGUUGGCGGCGGCGGCAGAGGCAGUGUUGGCGCCUUUGGGUCGGCGGCGUCUGCCCCCGCCUCGUCGCUGCUUAACCUGAGCAGUCUGCUGGGCCCUCCCGCCGAUGCGCAAUAUUCCGUACAAGCGGCGGCGGCUACAACCAGCAUUGCAGGCCUUGUGGCGGGUGCUGGUCCAGAUGGGCCCUACGACCAGUACUGUACUGCCGAUGCUGGCUGCCGGGAUGCUUCCUGCGGCGCUGCAGCCUAUGCCGCGUUGCUUGCGAGUGCGAGCAGCAUGGGUGCCAUGGCUCUGCCGCCGGGAAGUCGAGGCACCACGACGGGUGGGGCUGGGCCCGAAGUGCCGCGGUCAGGUGGGGGCGGCUUGGUGGUGGGGGCGACGCGGCAGGAUUUCCGAAGCGCGGGCGGCGCACAGCCGCCGCCGGGAGCUGUGGGGGCCGCAGCCAGCAGGCGGAAUCAGCUUGAGGCGGGACGGCUGUUGCUGCCAGAUAAGGAGCAGAUCCGCGCCGGCUCGCCUGUACGCCCACGUUACGGGCGCCCCGCCGAAUCUCGCAUCUCCCCUGCAAGCCAGAACCAUCACAACCAAAGCAUCCGGCCUAAGCAACGACGUGCUGCUGGCCCAGGCGCGGCACGUGAAGCGGACGCUGGCCGAGGCGCAGGGCUAGGGCCACGGACCACUGUGAAGGGCCGCUCCCCGGGCAAUCGGAACCAGCCGGGAGCAGCCGCGCCGCCCACUGCCACCCGCCGUCCCACUAGCGGCCCCAGUGGUCCAACCGCCGCCGGCAGCAAAGCCGCUGCGGUGCCUGGCCUACGCUCCCGUUCCAAUCCGCACAUUCGGCCAGCAAAGCAGCCGUCCCGCUUUAGUGCUAAGCCGUACCAACAACAGCAGCUACAGCCGGAGCCGGCUGCGCAGCCAUGCACGCCUGUGAAACCGCCUUCCUCGCCACCUCCACCGCAGCAGUCGCAGACGCCUAUGCAGCUACAGCUGCAGACCGGCGGAUCCACACGUUCCCGCUGGCGCCCCGAAGACGCAGACAGCUCAGGAAGCAGGCCCAUGGGUGGCGCCGCCGCCGCCCUCCUCGCCGCGCCAGGCUACCUGCCCUGCGUCGCCACGUCCCCCAUUGGCAGCCCCACCACACCCGCAUGUAGGGUGCUGCACGUCCACAGCCCCGAGGAUAUGCCCCUUUCUGCGGCCGCACAACACAACUUCCAGGCGCGCCUAGCAGCCGUGGAUACCUUCACGGGUUCACCAGGCGCUGUGCCCUGCUUUACACCCGGUCCGGCAGCUCUAACCACGGCAACCACGACUGCUGCUGCCGAGGAGACGACGGCGGCCGCCAUGCACGUCGCCGGCCCUAGCGCCGGCCUGGGGCUGGGGAUAGGGUUGACCGGGCUGAUAGGUCCGAGUUUUGCGGGCCCAAAGCUCAACUCUCCAGGUGCAGCAGCAGCAGCAGCCCGGCCGUUGCCUCUGGCCCGAGCUGGGCUUGUAGCCGCGUACGGUAGUGCGAUGAAGCCGCAUCAGCCCCACAAGCCGCGAUCCACUCCUGCGCCCUUGACCACGCAGCAGCUGCAGGGCCCGACCUGCCAACAGCCUGCAUGGCGGCCGGCAGCUGGGGUCGUGGGAGCGGCGGAAGCCGCAGCGCGCGCCUACCUGUCGAGCAGCGUGACGAGCCAUGGGGACAGCGCCGCUACGGGCGCGGCGUCGGCGUCGCCGCCUAGGCUGUUGCGCAGCAGCGUUGGACUGCAGGACUGCACGCCCAACAUACUCAGCCCGCCGCGCAACUACGACAAACCCUGGAUUGUUGCUGCUUCAGCGGAGGCGCUACCAAGCCAUGGCAGCCCCUCACGCCUUGGGGCGGCGCAGCAGCGGCAGCGGCAGUUCUGUGAGGAGGCGCCUGAUGGGGACGAAGAGACAUCUGCAAACCACCAACGGAUUGAAGGGGAGCUGGAGGAGGGCUGCAAAUUGGCUGAACUAUCUGGGUGCAACUCGGAGAGUUUCCUAGGACCUUCUGGCUCCGGGCUAUCCGCCACAGCCGUCUUUUUAGCGACACGCGCAGCUCUACAGGGGUCCGGCUCACUGGCAACAGCAGCAGCAGCCCCUCCUGGUGCUGGGGCGCGCGCUUCGCUUGUUGCUGAGGGGCUGGGUGGUGUGGGCGAUACCUGGGCACGGUACGGAAGCAUCCGGUCGAGUGAGGGGGCGGUGGCGGCGCUGCUGGGUGUUGGGCGGCGCAGCGGAUCUGCUCCAGGGAGGGCUGCGGCGGCUGUUCGCAGUAGCUGCAGCGUCGGUCAGGGGCGCCAGCUGAGGCUGGGCGGCGCGCAUCGGCAGCCGUUGCACUGCGGGGAGGCGGUGCAGGGUGCAGGAGAAAUGGUAGAACACGAGGCGAAAGCAGCGGGAGCUGAAACAAGAACUGGAGCCCCAGGCAACGUGGACGACGCUGUGUCUGCCGGAUGCACCGACUCCGCUAUUACCUCUCUCUCCAGCCCCCAGCAGCAGCCUUCCUUGCGCGGUUCGCAAUCUCCCCGCGAUUCGCAUCCCUCCCAGCGAUCUCGCCCUGUUGAAAGCGCACGUGGCAGCAGCAGCAGCGCAGUUGCACCGGCCUCCGCUUCCGUUGCUUGCGGCGUUUCCGCGACGGCGCACUUUGACGGCGUGCUUCCUGGCAGCAGCAGCGGCAGCAGCAGCAACCGUACCGGUGCUGUGCGGGGCAGCAGGGAGGGCAGCUUGAGCGCUCGGGAAUUCCGUGAGGCCGCGGGCUACACCGGCCUCAUGCUCGCACGUCAGCAACUCCACCUGCACCUGCAGCAGCAACACCAACAUCUUCAACAGCAACACCAGCAACAUAGGAGCGAUCAGCAGGCACCGGUACUUGGAGCCAUGGAGCCGCUCCAAGAAGAAGAGCUUCAACAGCAGCAACAACAAGAUGAACAACGUCCAGCUCAUCCACAGAGCGCGGAACCCAGCGGAAGCAUGCAAGACCCGCAGCAGCAACGCGAGCAGCAGCAGCAACAACAAGCGCCGCAGCCGCAGGACGAGCAGCGGCAGCAGCAGUCAUCGGCUCAGGAGGCGCAAACAGCCACCAAGGAUGUAGCCAGCGCUGCCGCCAUCGCAGCUCCAACCCUCAGCGGAGUGCCAUUCGAUGUCCGCCGCUCUGGUGAAGCCGCCGAUCGUACGGCUGAUCGUACCGCAGCACCAUGCAGGGCUGCCGUACAGGAGCCCAGCGAUGGUGCCGGUACGGCGCUGUACGGCGGCGCUCGCUGUGCUUCCGAUAGCGGCAGUGCGAGCACGGCCAGCGUGGAGGGAGGCAUUGCCGCUGUCCCGGAAGAGGCGGGGCGCUGCUCGGGUGCUGCCAUGUCUGGACGGUGGGAUGGUGCCGCUGCUGCGGGCCGGGCCCGGGGCCCGCUGCGUACGGCAUCCGCUGGCAGCGGCGGAGCUCAGUUGGCGCUGCUGCGUCAGGCGGCUUGGCCUGGGCUUCGGGAGCCUCGUGUGAUGGAUGCACUGUUGACGCUGGAGGCAGGUAUUGCCGUACUGGAUCCCAUGCCACCGCCGCCGCCGCCACCAGCGCCGUCACCGCCGCCACAGUCGCUGAUGCUGUCGAAACCCCGACAUGGGUCAAAGGGAGGAGACCCUAAUGAUGGUGUCGCAGCCAUGACAAGCGGCUGCUUUGCAAUCUUCCACCGAGGCAGCUCCGCGGCUGCCGCCAAAGCUGCUGCGACAGCAGCCGCCGUUGCCGCCGCCGCAGCAGCAGCGACGCCACCAACGACUCCUCCGCUGCCAGAGACCCAUGGGUCCAUGGGACAGCGACCCAUCUUGCUACGAAUGCGUGUAGCUGACGGCGCAGUGGAGCUGCUGCUCAUUCGACCACGGACGCCGGGAGUAGGCGGAGCUGCCAUGGCAGCUGCUGCUGCUGCCCCAGCAGCCGGACAAGGGCGUGGCGGCAGCGCCGGCAGUGCAGCCGCCGCCAGCAGCCCAGCAUCCACGCCCCCGCCAGGCCCCCAACGCAUCCGCGUGGCGGCGUUGAGCGGUCUGCAUCCGCCCCUUACCUCGGACUCCAACGUCACCCCGCAACAAGCCGUCAACCACCAUGACGACGACUUGGCGGACCCGGCCUCCAGGUGGCUGCAGCUGGUGGCUAUGGACGGCGGAGUGGUGAGGCUGAGCGCCUGCACGCCCGCGGAUCACGCCAGGCUGGUGCUGGGUCUCAACGCGGCGCUACUGGUAGCUGCAGGCGGUGUGGGAGAGGAGGCACCGCUGGCUGCUGUGCCGCUGCGCGGGUUGUUGCCGCUGGGAGCAGCGGACGGCAGCGGCAUCAGCGACUUUGGUCAUAUUUUAAGCGAUAUAUGCGCAGCGUAGAAUAGGAGUAGUCAGUCAGGCGGCAGGUUCUAGUAAGUAGUAACCGCAUUUGAAGGUCAAGAGUGGCGGUUUUGCAGCCGUAGGAAGUAGGCAGAUGUCGUAAUGAGAAACGUGCGUUGAGACUGCUAGGUUAGGGUUAGCGCCUUUUGGGCCGUGUCGUGUCCUGUCGUGUUGUACUGCAUUGCUGUGCGUUGGGCUUUUGCCGUGUUACGCGGCGAUCUCUAAACCAUGCAUCUCAUUUGGAAAUAUUUGUUUGGAAGUGUUUAUGGGGUUGCUGCUCCUGUAGCGCUCUUUCCGGCGUGCAGUGGAUAGCAGCUGCUAGCCAGCCAGGAGGAGGUAGUUGGUACACUUGAGAGCGUUCCUUGUCCGUAGGCAGGCCCUAGGCAGCUGAAGGCCGUAGCAAGGUAGGAGGACUCGGGCAUGGGCGGACAGGAUAGCAAGACGUGUAUUAGGGUACCUUGCGCAAAUGUAGGCAUGCCUAGGCAGACAGUGUUAGGCUGGUGUUCGGCUUGAAGAGGCCACCGACAAGUGGCAGGGCAGUGGCAGUGGUAGGGGCUUACGGACAACGAUAGAGCAGCUAGAAGCCAAUGUCGACUUCUGAUAGGUUAGUUUAGACGUCACUUAUGUGUUCGGGGCUGUCUCCGGUUGGGGUGUGCUUCCCGCCUGGAUGUCGCCCUUACCCCGUGCUACGAGUGCGAACUUUCUGGUUGGUCCUAGUAUGUGUUGCCUGGGAGCUGACUUGGAGGCUUCCGGAUCACAUUUAACCAACGGGCGUGCGCGUCGUUGGAUCUUGAGUUUUUCGGGUGUGUAGAGGUUGGGUAUGACCACUGAUCAGGACGGG